UCCAUGUCACUAGGUGACGCUCUCGAUCCUCAAUGUGAAGCCGUCACGCUCUCUUGGUUUACUGUCACAUGACCGGAAGUGCAUUUUCAAAACAAAGGACCACAGAUUGCAGCGGCACACUAGCAGCUGUCUCACUAUGACUUCUGUUGUUUUCUUGCUUUUAGCUGACAUUUUUCACCGGAAUUAACAGAAACCUUGUAGUUGUUGGUGUUUUAUUCCCUCCAACAUGGCGGGUCCGCUGCUGGAGUUUGAGACGGAGAUGUUCCUCAGUCUGUUUGAGGUUGACGGGCUGCUGGUGGCGGCGGAGGGCAUGGGGAUAGACCGCAUCCUGCUGCAGUUCAUGCGGGUUUACUCCGAGCAGGGCAGCCUGGUCCUGCUACUGAACACCACCACACCUGAGCAGGAGUAUUUCACAGAGCAGCUGCGAGCGGAGGGUGUGACCCACCUGCCGAGGACGGUGACCAGCGACGUGCAGAGCGCUGAGAGAUACAACGUGUACACCGAGGGGGGGGUGCUGUUCGUCACCAGCAGGAUCCUGGUGGUCGACUUCCUCACCGACCGCGUCCCCGCUCAUCUGAUCUCAGGCAUCCUGGUGUAUCGUGCUCAUACAAUCAUCGAGUCGUGUCAGGAGGCCUUCAUCCUCCGUUUGUUCAGACAGAAGAACAAGACGGGCUUCAUUAAAGCGUUCACUGACAAGGCCACGUCCUUCUCCUCUGGAUUCUGCCAGGUGGAGCGUGUGAUGAGGAACCUCUUCGUCAAGAAGCUCUACCUGUGGCCCAGGUUUCAAGCGUCAGUGAACACAGCGCUGGACAGACACAAGCCGGAGGUGGUGGAGCUCAACGUGUCGCUGACUCCGGCCAUGAGGGCCAUCCAGAGCUCCAUCCUGGACAUCAUGAGCGCCUGCCUGAAGGAGCUGAAGCGCUACAACCCCAGCCUGGAGGCCGAGGACCUCUCCCUGGAGAACACGCUGGGAAACGCCUUCGAAAAGACACAGCCAGCUCCACUCUGCGUGUCCUGGUUCCUCCCCUUCAGAUCCACACUGAGGAGGAUGGGUGUAACCAACAUGUGCCAUACGAAGCUGAUGGAGAACAUGUGGAAGUGAUCUGAGACUAAAUGAAGCUCAGCGCAAGUUCAACCAGGAAGACCGUCUUUACUCAUUCAUUUACUA